CAAAAGCCCAAGAAAUUUUACAAAUCCGUAGGUCCACCUUUGUAAGGUUUUCUGAUCUCCAGAAGUGACGAGUCAUCUUUUAGCAACGGGCAUUCUUCCCUUCCCGCUCUGAAUAUCUCACCAGAGGAGCUUUCCGAUGGCAACGACUUCCAAGAUUCUCUUCAUCGGAGGCACCGGAUAUAUAGGAAAGUUCAUCGUCGAAGCCAGCGCCAAAGCCGGCCACCCAACCUUCGUUCUGAUCCGAGAGUCUACUCUUUCCAACCCGGCAAAAUCUCCGAUCGUUGACAAGUUCAAGGCCUUGGGCGUCCAUCUAGUGCACGGAGAUCUUUAUGACCACCAGAGUUUAGUUAAGGCGAUAAAGGAAGUGGAUGUGGUAAUCUCUACUGUAGGUCACAUGCUGCUAGCUGAUCAAGAUAGGAUCAUUUCUGCCAUCAAAGAAGCAGGAAAUAUCAAGAGAUUCUUUCCUUCAGAGUUUGGAAAUGACGUGGAUCGAGUUCAUGCAGUGGAACCUGCAAAAUCUGCGUUUGCUACUAAGGCCAAAAUUCGCCGAGCCACUGAGGCUGCGGGAAUCCCUUUUACCUAUGUGUCAAGCAACUUCUUCGCUGGUUAUUUCCUCCCCAAUCUGUCACAGCCUGGUGCUACUGCACCGCCAAGAGAUAAAGUUGUUAUCUUAGGCGAUGGAAACCCAAAAGCUGUUUUUAACAAGGAAGACGAUAUAGGCACCUAUACAAUCAAAGCCGUGGAUGAUCCAAGAACCUUGAACAAAGUUCUCUACAUCAGACCCCCUCUCAACACCUACUCGUUUAACGACCUUGUAUCACUUUGGGAGAAGAAGAUUGGUAAAACUGUUGAAAGAGUCUACGUUCCAGAGGAGCAACUCUUGAAGCAAAUCCAAGAUUCCCCACCACCUGCCAAUGUGAUUCUGUCAAUUGGACACUCCGUGUUCGUGAAAGGAGAUCACACUAACUUUGAAAUUGAGGCAUCUUUUGGAGUGGAGGCUUCAGCUCUCUAUCCUGAUGUGAAAUACACCACUGUGGAUGAAUACCUCAAUCAGUAUGUCUGAGAAACAAAUCAAGCUGUUAGGUUAAUGUGGAAGAAUUUACCGUUCAAAUAAAGCUUCAUGUAGUUAGUUGUAGUGAGUGGUGAUGCCGUAAGAUGGGUGUUUCCCUAGUAGUUUGCUUUAUCAAGACAUCUAUUUCACUUCUAUCCUUUUUAUCCCCGUCAAUUACUUCUAUUUUAGUUUUCUGGCCA